CCACUCCACAUCCGGAAGACUUGAGCCGCGUCCAAGGUAGCUGGCAGCUGAGAGAGGAGAUCGCCCUACCACCUUCCGAGAUAUAAUCAGAAGAUGGCUGAUCCGUGGCAGGAAUGCAUGGAUUAUGCAGUAACCCUAGCAAGACAAGCUGGAGAGGUGAUCUGUGAAGCUCUAAAAUGUGAAAUGAAUGUUAUGAUUAAAAGUUCUCCGGCUGAUUUGGUAACUGCUACAGACCAAAAAGUUGAAAAAAUGCUUAUCUCUUCCAUAAAGGAAAAGUAUCCAUCUCACAGUUUCAUUGGUGAGGAAUCUGUGGCAGCUGGGGAAAAAAGUAUCUUGACUGAUAACCCCACAUGGAUCAUUGACCCUAUUGAUGGAACAACUAACUUUGUACAUAGAUUUCCUUUUGUAGCUGUUUCGAUUGGCUUUGUUGUAAAUAAAAAGAUGGAAUUUGGAGUUGUGUACAGUUGUGUAGAAGAUAAGAUGUAUACUGGCAGGAAAGGAAAAGGUGCCUUUUGUAAUGGCCAAAAACUGCAGGUUUCAAAACAAGAAGAUAUUACCAAAUCACUCUUGGUGACUGAGUUGGGCUCUUCCAGAACACCAGAGACUGUACGAAUUAUUCUUUCUAACAUGGAAAAGCUUUUUUCCAUUCCCAUUCAUGGAAUCCGGAGCGUUGGAACGGCAGCUAUUAAUAUGUGCCUUGUGGCAACUGGAGGAGCAGAUGCAUAUUAUGAAAUGGGAAUUCACUGCUGGGAUAUGGCAGGAGCUGGCAUCAUUGUUAGUGAAGCUGGUGGAGUGCUAAUGGAUGUAACAGGUGGACCAUUUGAUUUGAUGUCACGAAGAAUAAUUGCUGCAAAUAGUAAAGCAUUAGCAGAAAGGAUAGCCAAAGAAAUUCAGAUAAUACCUUUACAAAGAGAUGAUGAAGAUUGAUUACAAUAGCCUUGUAUUCAGUCACAAUUGCUUUCCCCAGAUUUGCUGAUGCACUGAUGGAUAUCUGUUUCGGAUAUAGGAAGAUAUGAUUGAUUAAAUUGUCUUUGAUGUCCUGAUUUUAAAAUGGAAACUUUUUCCAUAGAAUAAGUAUGCAAAAAUAGAUGUAAUGUUUGUUUCAUUGUUUUGAACAAUUUUGCCUGUAAGAAUAUACUUUGGGAAAAAUAAACAGGAUUUUAGUUCAUGAACUAUCAAUUAAAAUUGUCGAUUAGUAGUUUGUUUCUAACUAUGAUCCUCUUGUUACUUGCAAUCCUCCUGCCUCACCUUCCUUAGUCACUGGGAUUACAGGUGUGUGCCAUCAUGCCUAAUUUGAAUUACUAUUUGUAUAUAUAAACACUCAAUUUAAAAGUUACCUUUUUGGAAAAAAUUCUAUUUGUUUCAAAAGCCAUACCUUAAGAAUAUAACAACUACUUAGAUUAGGUUUUGUUUCUUUCUUGGCAGAAAACCUUGUUUGUUUUAUCAUCACUGUACCUGUAGUACUUAGCAAAGUACCAGUCAAAUAUUAACAUAUCCAAAAUAAACAUUGUAAAACAUAUAUUUAACUUUUUUGGUUGGUACUGGGGAUUUAAUCCAGGGAUGUUUUACCUCUGAGCUAUAUA